AUGGAUGAUAUCAUAGUUACAGGAAAUGAUUCAAAGGAACUUGAGAUGUUUAUUACAAAACUUAACAAGGUGUUUGACCCCAAAGAUCUCGGUCCACUGCAUUACUUUCUUGGGAUUGGAGCUUACAAAGAUGAUAUUGGAAUUUAUUUAUCUCAUGAGAAAUACAUAUCAGAAUUAUUACAGAAAUUUGACAUGAAACACCUUAAGCUAUGCCCCACGCCAAUGACAGCAGGUAAACCAAUCCCAGUUAAUGAUGGAGAACCACUUCUUAAUCCAACUAUAUACAGAAGUGUGAUAGGAGCAUUACAGUACCUCAUUCAUACAAGGCCAGACAUCUCCUUCACUGUAAAUAAGUUGAGCCAACUCCUAGAAAGCCCAACUAUAGCCCACUGGAGUGUUGUAAAAAGAAUCAUGCGAUAUCUAAAAGGGACCAUCCAUCAUGGUUUGCACAUCUCACAUAGUGAUAGACUUGCUUUGAUUGGCUAUUCUGAUGCCGAUUGGGCCUGUUGCCUGAUGAUCGCAGAUCUAUUGGAGGGUACUGCAUUUUCUUAG